AGUCCAGUACUCAAGGAUUGAUGGAUUGCAUCAAAACAAUUGAUUAUCACAUCAAUGGUUACAACAAUCACAUCAAUGGUUACAACAAUCACAUCAAUGGUUACAACAAUCACAUCAAUGGUUACAACAAUCACAUCAAUUAUUGUCAUUGUUUUUAGGAAUAGUCAUUUCGGUGAUGUUAUUGACAAUAUAUUAUGAGUUUAUCUCAAGACGUGAUCAAUCGGCAACUAUUUGCUGACAAAUGUGUGGCAAACAGACACUUAUUGUCAACUGUUUUGUCGACACAUCCCAUGGUUUGCAGUGAUAUGAAGACAUACAACUCUGUUAUCAAUUAUAUAGACAUCGAUACAAUUGAUUAUAAAUUUUUACUCGUUGGUCAUAACGAUGGCUUCAUUGACAUCAAUGAGAUAACUGAUCAAAAUAUCGGUGACUGUGAUAAUGUGAUUCAUAAGAAAGUUGAUGCAUAUAUCAAUCGGUGUCAAUGGUUUCCGGCCGAUACGGGAAUGUUUGCCACGACUAGUGGUGAAUCAGUUACAGUGAUUGACACGAAUGCUAUGAAACGAGUCGAUAGAUUUCAGUUCGACAAUCUUAAGGUCUAUUGGAGUGAUUGGAGUCCAAACACAAACACUUUAAUUGCAGUUGGAUGUUCGGCAUCUACUAUAAGACUAAUAGAUAUUCGUAGCGGAAGUUCAUUGCAACAAAUCACUUGUUGUUCAAAGACAGGAUCAGUCAAUCAUCACAUGACUCGCGUGUUGUGGUCACCACUUGAUUCUGAUUGUCUGAUUGCUGGCGAUUCUUCCGGUUAUUUACACAUUUAUGACAUAAGACGUCCUAAUAAAGCUGUUACUGUUGUCGGCUGUGAUAACGUGUCAUACGAACCAAUAACAUGUCUUCAGUUCACUAAAAACAAUAUGUCUUUAUUAACAACUAAAGGACGAUCUAAUAAAUUAAAUUUAUGGCAUUUAAUGCAUUGCCAACUCUUACCAUCUGAUAUCAACUUUGACUGUCCAUUAGUUCGCUCAAAACAAUCCAAACAAAUCGUUUCAUUUAUCAAAUGUCAGAUCUUUGCCACCGAUGACUAUGUGUUUACUCCGAGUGAACAUAAGUUGUUAGGAAACGAUGUGAUCAGUUAUGACAUAACUAAUGGUAUGAUAGUUCAUGAACUCAACACUACCAGAGAGGGCUCAUUCAAUACAUUAGGUCCCAAUUGUGUGACGGGUCUUGAUAUUGGAUCUCUUGUGUUAUUCAGCGGUGGCAGCAAAAGGUUGUGUGUUUGGACACCAAAUAGUGAAUCAGAAGAUGACAUUAAACGUGAUAAAUAUUAUACAGACCGAUGGAGUGAUAGUGAAUGA